CUAUGGAUGAAUGAAUUGCCUUCUGGUUAAAAAAAAAAAUUCUGUAAACUAUUUUUAUACGCGGAAGAAAGAUAUCAAGAGAAGAGAAGGUUCUCCUUUAUUUUUUAAUCCAACCCCUCCAUGGCUCCAUUUUCGAUUUGUUAACAGAUUACUGUUAACAAGGAAAAUAACAGAAGACGAACAACUUCUCGGAUAUACAAGUGACUGUUCUCCUUCCUACUCUCGGAUUCACCUGUUCCUAUGAUUGAUCGCUUAUUUUGGGAUAAUUCGAUGUCGUAACUCCGUUUUCUCUUCUCACUUGUGUCUAUAUCCGUCUGCCCUCUCACUGAUCAAUUGCCCCAUUCUUGCUAAUGUCCAAAUUCUCUACAGUAAUACGUCUCUUUAUCCCCAAAUGAGGUGCAAGGUCGAACGCAGAAGUUUCCUGCUCCUUUUUCGAUUUGUUCUCUUCUGCUUCAUACUUGCCGGCAUUGUUAGUUGGAAACAAUUAUCAGGCGAGACCUGAGCUUAGACUUCUGGUUGUGAGACUGCAGGCUUCCAUCUGGUAUGGAAAUGUGCAGCUGAAACAGUGGGCGAAAAAUGUUCAAGCCAGCGAGAUGGAGGAGUGAAAAGAACAAGACCAAAGCUGUAUUCAAAUUGCAGUUCCAGGCAACCCAGGUGCCUCAGUUAGGAUGGGAGACUCUGAUGGUCUCCCUCCUUCCAGUUGAUGCCGGAAAACCGACGGUGAGGUUGGACAAACUUGCAGUUCGGGAUGGAACCUGUCGCUGGGAUAAUCCAAUUUAUGAGACAAUAAAAUUUGUACGGGAGCCAAAGACGGGGAAAAUUAACAAGAAAGUUUACCACUUCCUUGUUUCCACCGGAUCAUCAAAAUCUGGCCUUCUAGGAGAAGUGUCUAUUGAUUUUGCAGAUUAUGCAGAGGCUUUUAAACCUUCCUCCAUCUCUCUGCCCCUUAAAAAUUCAAAUUCUGACGCAGUACUGCAUGUUACAAUUCAGAGAAUACAUGGGAAUGUGGAUCAGAGAGAGGUUGAAGAAAAUGGAGAUCCAAGGAUUAAAUACCAAGAGAGGAACUUGGGGAGCGGGAUGAUCAGUUCAGAUGGAGACAAAAGUGAUGACCAUGAUGGUACAGAAAAAGAGCCUUGGCAUAAAACCACAUCUCAGAAUGCUGAAGUUAACAGAAACGUCAGAGCAUCCAUCCACUCUGAUGUUACAGCAGGGCCAGGUUCAGAGAGCAGUUCAGGAUGGAAUAAACCACAGGAACUUGGAUUGAAUAACAAUAGCAAUUCUUAUCAGGACCCUACCAGCUUCCUUUCAUCUUUUAACCACAGCUCCUUGCCUCAGAAGCCAAUGGCUAAUAUGACUACAACAAACAAUCAUGUGCACAGGAGAUCGAUCACAGAUUGGUCAGGGGAUUCAGCUCCAGAUGGAAGUAUUGAGAACUUCAUAUGUAGUUCCGAGGAUACCCUUGUGAAAGAAAGACCUUCACAGGCUUCAGAUGUCUCCAUUGAAAAGCUCAAAAGUGAUCUUUCUGCUUUGGCCCGGCAGGCAGAAGUUUCAGAGCUGGAACUACAGACUCUCAGAAAGCAGAUUGUGAAGGAGAACAGAAAGGGACAGGAACUCUUAAAAGAAGUUCUUAGCCUGAAGGAGGAGAGAGAUACAGUUAAGAGAGAGUGUCUACAACUAAAGGCCUUGCAAAAACAUGUUGAAGAAGCAAAAGGUUCAAGCAAUCUACAGUUUGAGAGUGAGGAUGCGAGGGCUCUGCUAGAAGAAAUCAGACAAGAGCUGAAUUGUGAAAAGGAACUGAAUGCCAAUCUUCGCUUACAACUACGGAAGACACAAGAAUCCAAUUCAGAGUUGAUUCUUUCUGUAAGGAACUUGGAGGAAAUGGUGGAGGAGAAAAAUAGAGCAAUAUCCCUUCUUUCCUAUAAGUCAGCAAUCGAUGAGAAUGCUGAAAAGAUGCAGGAAACAUUCAUUAAGCAUGAGAUGGAUGAUGAUGAAAAACAAGCACUGGAACUAAUAGUUAAGGAGCAGGAUGAUGGCAAGGAAACUCACUUGCUUGAGCUAAAGAUCAUAGACCUGUACAGUGAAAUAGAGAUAUACAGGAGAGAAAGAGAGGAGCUAGAGAUGCAAAUGGAGCAGCUUGCCCUGGACUAUGAGAUAUUGAAACAAGAAAACCAUGAUAUCUCUUCAAAGCUUGAGCAAAAUCAACUACAAGAACAACUGAAUGCGCAGUAUGAGUACUUGACAUCUUCCGCUGCUAUAAAUGAACUGGAAAGCCAGGUUGAGAGGUUGGAGAAAGAACUCAAGAAGCAGGCACAAGAAUUUUCAACCUCACAGGCUACUAUACAAGAACUUGAAACCCAGGUCAAGCACUUGAAGAAGGAGCUUGAUAAACAGGCAGAAGAAUUUGAAGCUGAUCUGGAAGUCUUGACACAUGCAAAAGUUGAGCAGGAACAGAGGGCCAUCCAAGCAGAGGAGGCCUUGAGGCAGACAAGAUGGAAUAAUGUUAAAACAGCGGAGUGGCUUCAGGAAGAAUUUAAAAAGCUUUCCAUGCAAAUGGCAUCUACAUUUGAUACAAAUGAGAAGAUGGCAAUGAAAGCACUGACAGAAGUUAGUGAACUGCGUAUGCAGAAAAGCCAUUUGGAAGAAAUGCUUGAGAAAGUCAAUGAAGAGAUAGUACUGGUUAGAGAUCAAUAUGAAGCAAAACUGUUGGAUCUUUCAAACCAAUUAGAUCUGAAGUCAAAAGAAGCAAAGCAUAUGAUGUUGGAACUUGAAGACAAAACCACAGAACUUGAAAAUCAAAAGUACCACAAGGAAGAAAAGUUUGAGGCCUCUAGAAAAGAGAUACUGAUGCUCAGAGCUGAGGUAGAAAUACUUAUAAGAGAGAAAAAUGACCUCUCCAAACAGGCAGAAGAGAAUGAACAAUUAAUAGAUGAGAUGGAACAACUGAAGUCAUCAAUAAACAAAAUGAAAAAGUUGGUAGAAAAAGGAAAUUUGGAAAGGGAUGAAUUGGAGAAAAGAGGUGCUUCAUUGAUGGAAGAAACAGAUAGGUUAGUAGAGAAACUUAAUAGUGAGAAGCAUCGAAAGGAUGAAAAGGAGGCACUGGUUGGAAUUCUACAAUCGGAGGUGGAGACACUUCGAGCUGAGUAUAACGACCUGAAACAAUCAUUAUUUGAGGGUGAGUUAGAGAAGGAGAACCUGAGGAAACAGGUAUAUAAUCUUAAGGUUGACCUAAAAAAGAAGGAAGAUAUCAUUAUAAUUAUGGAGAAGAAACUCAAAGAUGGCACUACACGGGUCAAAGUUUCAGAUGGAACAAAAACAACUUUUAGAAACAACAAAUCUAGCCAAAUUUCUAAUGGCCCAAAGGACGUUGCUAUUUCGCGUGAGAAAAGUAAAUUGCUCAAGGGAAGAAUGAGGAUAAAAGAAACUGCACUAGAAAGCUCAACCAAUUCAUUCAUAGACAGGGAAAAGGAUUUGCAAAACAGUAUUUAUGAACUAGAAAACAGGUUGGAAGAUCUGAGUCAGAAAAGUACUAGCUUUUGUGAAGAUCAACUCCAAAGGGAACCUAAAGGUGCAGAGGACAUAGACGGAAAUGAUAGUAGCUCUGGAGGAAGAAAUAAGGGAAAAAACUUUCUAGAUUCUGAAAAGAUCAUUAGAUCAUAUAUUUCUGAUCAAAGUGACAUGGAGAGAGCACCUACCAAAAGCAACAAGGAAUUUUGGUCAGAGAAAGAACUGAACGUCUCCACCCUCAACACCAGGGAUCAAGAAAACAUUGCAGAAAUGUUAAGUGAAAUGGCAUUACUGAAAGAGAGGAAUAAAAUAAUGGAAGUUGAGCUGAAAGAAAUGGAAGAAAGAUACUCAGCAAUAAGUCUCAAAUUUGCAGAGGUAGAAGGUGAGAGGCAACAACUUAUAAUGACAGUACGGAAUCUUAAGAAUUCUAAAAGGAAUUAACUGACAUUCAAUAAGAUUCUGCAAAUAGCAUGUAUAGGUGAAUCUCCUCAGUUUUUCAAGUGUAUAACAUGUAUAUCAUGAAUAUUCUUAAUUUUUGUGGACAUUGUUCGCCUCCCUUCUUAGAGUUAAGAGGAACCCAUAAUCAUCAAGCAAGUCUUUGGAUAGAUAAAUGUACUCAAUUGGCAUAUAUCCAGGUGUUAUGAUGCCAGUAGAAAUUCGCCUAUGUAUCAACUAAGGCAUAUCCUUGCCUACAUGAAUGGUUUAGGCCUUGACCUCAUGGAUGCACAUAAUAUUUGCUACUGUGCCUUGAGUUCAUUCAUUUUAUUACCUUUUGUAUCUCAUUUAAGGCACCCUGCAAUUCCAAAGCCCUUAUUACUUGUUGUUUAC